UCAUGCUGCUGCCAGGUCCACAGUGUCUCAUGGGUCCCUGUACGGCCUCCCAUUGCUGCUGUCUCCAUCGCCACACUCUGCCAUGUGCCACUUUCAGGUCUCCUCACACUGCUGGUGUGUUCAAUUUUUUGUCAUAGGGUGCUGGCAGAUUACGGGCCUCCCAUAGCUGCUGCCAGGCCCCUAAUCUGCCAUGGGCCCCUGUACCGCCUCCUCAUGCUGCUGCCAGGUCCACAGUGUCUCAUGGGUCCCUGUACGGCCUCCCAUUGCUGCUGUCUCCAUCGCCACACUCUGCCAUGUGCCACUUUCAGGUCUCCUCACACUGCUGGUGUGUUCCAUUUUUUG